AUGGGUUAUGACCGAUAUGUAGCUAUAUGCGACCCCCUGCAUUACAGCAGAUAUUUGACAAGAGAGAUAUGUAAUAAAAUUGUGGGUGUAGCUUGGCUCUUGGGUUCCUUUUAUUCUAUGGUGAAUGUAGUACCAUUGCAAAAUCUUCGUUUUUGUGGCAACAAUAUAAUCAGACACUAUGCUUGUGAACUUCCUACACUUUUGGCCUUGUCAUGUGCAAACACCUUUACUAAUUACAUUAUUCUUUUUAUAUCUGUGUUGCUGUUUGGUUUCAGUUCAUUUCUUACAACACUGGUCUCUUAUAUUUACAUCAUUUUAACAAUCCUGAAAAUUAAAUCAGCAAGAGGCAGGCAGAAAGCUUUUUCCACAUGCAGCUCCCAUCUCAUUGUUCUGGGUUUAUUUUACAGUUCUGGUUUGAUUCGCUAUAUGAAGCCCAGUUCAGAAUCACUUGUAGAACUAGACAAAGUGAUCUCUAUUCAGUAUAGGAUUUUAACUCCAAUGUUAAACCCAAUUAUAUACAGCCUGAAGAACAAAGAGAUCAGAUCUGUUCUAUUUAAAAUGUUUGGAAAAUGUAGGCCUAAUCCAUGA